CUGGCGAGUGAGCAGGGGGGAAAAAAGUGACCGAUUGUGCUUUUUCUGUUUGCAAAUCCUGCCGCCACGCUUCUCCCCUCCUGCUAACUCGCCCCAACUCCGCACGCGGAGAGGCGGCCGGUGCGCUCUGCAUGAAUCCAGAGGUGAGGGAGGAAAUCGGAUGCUUUUCGCUUCUCUCUCAGCCUCUUGGAAAGGGGAGCGGAUGGGCAGCGCGUCGGCGAACUGGCACGAUCGCAGCAGGACCCGUCAGAAGAGUUUGAGGAGAAGGGGGCGGGUGGAGCUCGCACUUACACAAGCAACCUCCACUCCUCCCCGGCCGGCACCUCUCCAAAAAGUAACCUGCUCGCUUAGUUUCCGCGCAGACGCGGCAGAGGAGCGGCGGGUGGCGCGCUGCGAGCGAGCUUGACUUUUCCCCGGUCGUGGUGGGGACAAAGGGUCAUCCUCCCCUGCGCCGCCGCCUCCCUCUGUUGUUUUUGUUUUGGUGUCUGUCUGGAUGCAUUGGAAAGCUUCUAUGUCUCGGGCGACGAGGCUGAGCAGGCACCUCUUGGGUGAAAAGGGAUGAAAUAGGGGCAAUAAAAAAGGGUGGGACGACGACCCGCAAUAAACAAAGGAAAGUGAAAGCGGAAAGCUGCUCGCAUUGCACCAGCUGCUGCUUCUCGAUCCGUUGCAAAGUUCUCCGGAGUGCGCUCUGCGUGGGGAACCUCCGGGGAAGAGCGCUGCGCCUUUAAGAGCGAGCGAGCCACUCGGCUCGUGGUCUUGCCCCCCCCCCCAAAAGCAGGAAGGUGAACCUCCCGGCCUUUUUGGGAAAGUGUCCCCGGUCGCUGCAGGAGGCUACUUCGCCACGCCAAGUUGCUCCCACGGGAGACUCGGCUUUCCAGGGAAAUCCUCUUCCCACCCCCCGCCCCCGAUUCCAUCCCCGCACCUUUUCGAUGCCGCUCUUCUUCAGAGGCGAUCGCCCUUCGCCCGUUGCCCUGGGAGGCACCCUUUAGCCAGCCCCGCCGCCUGCCUGCCCUCUCUCUCCGUGGCAGGAGCCAUGGAUAUUUUCCUGUGCGCCUUUUGCCAGCGGGCUCUGUGGGACCCAGUGACCGUGUCGUGCGGCCAUACCUUCUGCAGAAGAUGCCUCGGAGGAGACUUGCCCUCCAAGUGCCGGCUCUGUGGGGGGAAGUCCGUCCUGCUGGGAUCGCGGACGGUGGCCUGCAACGUCCUGCUGUGUGACUUGUUGGAGAAAUGCUUGGACAAAGGCACUCAAGUGGCCAGGCUGAAGACCGACUUGCAGGAGCUGCUGAGAAGCAGAGACUACCGGGCAGCGCUGAGGAGCGUGCAGAAAGGGGUCGCGCUGGCUCCCGAUGAUCUUACGCUGAGACUAUGCCGAUCGGAGGUGUAUGUGGCUUUGCAGCAAUACCCAGAUGCCCUGGAGGAUUUGGAGGUGCUGUGCAGGCAAAAGCCAGAAGAGAGUGAGGUAUUCUUUAGGAAGGGAAAGGUCCUCCUGGAAAUGGGGAAGCAAUCUGAGGCCCUGCUGCAGUUCCAACAUUGCCUCACGCUGAAUCCCAAUUUUCAUGCUGCUCAAUAUGAAACAGAAAAGAUUCUCACGAAUGACGCCUCCCCUCUUCCAGGCACUGUUAUGGAGCUGAAGAGUGAUGCCAGUCAGAACUUGAAAGGGUCUAAUUCAGGGAAAGAGCUAACUGCCCUUGUGUCUUUUGAAGGAGAACCCCUGCAGGAUUUGAUGGGAAGAAAGGAAGUUUGGCUAGGAGAAGAUGCUUCUGAUCACAGCCAAGCAGCACUUUCCAUACCAGAAUGGUUGAGGAAGAAGUCCAAUUCAGGUUUUUCAGCAGAGAAGGAAAGGGAUUUUGAAGAAGGGGCAUCGGCAGCAGAAGCCAAGUCAACCCAGGAGCAUAAACCAGACUUUGCAGAUCUCUUGAGUACAUCAGACUUGGAAUGUUCUCUUUGCAUACGAAUGUUCUUUGAGCCUGUGACCACACCUUGUGGCCAUACUUUCUGUAAAGAAUGCUUGGAGCGUUGCCUAGAUCAUAGACCCAACUGUCCACUUUGCAAACAGAGCCUCAGAGAGUACCUGAGAGCUGGAAAAUACAACACCACUCUUCUGCUGGAGGAGCUCAUGAUGGCUGUCUUCCCUUUACAACUUGCAGACAGGAAACGCAUCCACCAGGCUGAAAUGGCAGAACUUUCAAACUUGACUAAGAAUAUCCCAAUCUUUGUGUGCACAAUGUCCUUUCCAGGCAUUGUGUGUCCCCUUCAUGUCUUUGAGCCUCGCUACCGCCUCAUGAUGCGAAGGUGUCAGGAAACUGGCACAAAGAUGUUUGGCAUGUGUAUGUAUGAGAAUGGGAAGAGUUUUGCUGAUUAUGGCUGCAUGCUGGAGAUUCAGAAGAUAGCAUUUCUACCUGAUGGACGCUCUUUAGUGGAUACCAUAGGCAAACGGAGGUUCCAGGUUUUGAGACGUGGACAUAGAGAUGGCUACCACACUGCAGAUAUUGAGUAUCUGGAUGAUGAGAAGGUGGAAGGAGAAGAACUGGCUGAGCUUCAAAUUCUUCAUGACUGCACAUACCAGCUAACUCAGAGAUUUUAUGAACAUGGAGACACCACCUUCAGACAGCUUUUGAUGCACCAUGGACCUCUUCCUGAGAAAGAGGAAGAUAUACAGGCAUCUCCAGAUGGACCAGUUUGGUGCUGGUGGCUUAUCUCCAUCUUGCCCCUUGACUUGACCCGCAAAUUGACGAUCUUUUCUGAGACCUCCCUGAAGGCUCGUCUCACUCAACUGAAGCAUAUUCUGAAUGUCAUUCUGGAAAGUCGUGACUACAACAGCUAAUUCUCAAGCCUCAUUCCCAAGAGAAGUUGUGUGCGUAUGCAUAUAUAUAUAUAUAUAUAUAUGCAGAAACAAAGUGGUUUUUUGCUGUAUUCACCUACCAGUUUUCUUUCUGGGGUUGGGGUAAAGCCUUAACCUGUUCUUCUAUUUCUUUUUCUUCUGUGUGUUUCAGUUACUUCUUUUCAUUGUAGAACUGAUCAGCAAUAGGCCAUGAACCAGAUAACUGAAACUGUUGUGCAAUAGUAGCAAGAUUCAAUAGCAAAGAUGUACCGUCCACAGGAAUCUCUGGAAAGACUUUUAGUUGGCCUUGUUGGGUCUAAAAGAUUGCAGUGAUCUAGAUGUGAAAUCUGUCCAAGAAAUCUGACUACCAUGCCUAUAUUGUGCUAAGUGAAGAAACUUCUGAGCAACCACAUCCCUUGAAAACAAAAACCAAAACCCCACCACGAAUGCUAGGACUUCCUGGGCUUUGUCCUCUUAUGUCAUUUAAUGAUGCUUGUGUACAAUUAUUCAAAGCUCUACAAAAUGUAUAUUGUGUAUAUUGUGCCAUUUCUUCAACUUAAGCAAUCUGCUUGAAGUUACAGAGUAGGAUAGAGAAAGACAGGAUCAAUACAGGUAUCUGUAUUUUGUUUUCUUUUCUUCGGUUGUUACCUCAGAGGGGAGCAACUUUCCUCAAGGCCACAAUGCAGGAGCAAAGGGUUAAAUCCUCUCCCCUGCACCUCAGCCUCAAUUCAAAUUGCACCCCUUACCCUGCUAGCUGCAUUUUAACUAAAGAAAAAUUCUGUGGGAGAAUACACCACAGGAGUCAUGUGUGGCUUGGCCCUUAAGACAUUGUGAAGAGAAGAAAACUGUGGAGAACAAGGGUAUAGCCAGGGAUAGAGAAAUUGUGGACGUCCCAAUGUUGUUGGACUGGAACUCCCAUUAACUGUAGCUAGUGUGGCCAAUGGUCAGGGAAUAUUAGCAACAAUAGCCAAAGAUUCCCCACCCCUGCUGUACUCAUGUGAUAAAAAAAACCCCCAACUACUUC